UCAUUAUACCAAAACUUAUAAGUUUCUCUAAUAAAUUCAAUUCAUUGGGCUAUUCAGUUCAAGUAUUUAAUAGCUCUCUUUUUCCAAAUGUAUUUGUUUAUAAUUCUAUGAUUGAGUGUUUCUUAUGGAAAAACUAUAAGAAAGAUGCUUUUUUUGUUUAUAAUUCUAUGAGGGUUUCACCUAAUAAUUUCACAUUUACAUUUCUUUUUAAGUCAUGUCAGUCUUAUGAUGAUUUUGAAACUGGGAGAGUGUUACAUGCCCAUGUUGUGAAAUUUGGGUUUGGGGGUCAUGUUUUUGUUCAGAAUACUGUUUUGGAUUUCUACUCUAAGUGUAGUGAGGAUGUGAGUAGUGCAUUGAAGGUGUUUGAAGAAAUGAGUGAAAGAGAUGUUGUUUCUUGGAAUUCUAUGAUUUGUGCUUAUAUGAAUCAUGGUGAGAUUAAGUUGGCAAUUGAGUUGUUUAAAUCUAUGGAAGAGAGAAAUGCUGUUUCAUGGAAUUUGGUUAUUAGUGGUUUGGCCAAGAGAGGAGACAUGGAGUCGGCAAGGUUGUUGUUUGAAGAGAUGAUAACUUGGAAUGCUGUGACGAAGAAUGCAAGGUUGGGUCUUGAUAAUGAAGUAGCUUGGAAUGCUAUGAUUUCUGGUUAUAUGAGGAAUUGUGAUGUGAAGAACGCAAGGUUGAUUUGUGAUCAAAUGCCGGUGAAAUCUGUAGUGUCUUGUACUGCUAUGAUUUCAGGAUACGCAAAAGUUGGUGAUGUUGGAGAAAUGAAAAGACUUUUCUAUUCAAUGCCAGUCAAGAAUAUCAUUACUUGGAAUGCGAUGAUUGCGGGUUUCGUUCAGAAUCAUAAAUUUGAUCAAGCAUUGGAUGUUUUUCAUAGAAUGUUGAUGUUUGGUGAAUAUAAGCCGGACGAGACUACUCUAUUGAGUGUUCUCUCUGCCUGUAGUCACCUAGGUGCUCAUGAACAAGGAAAAUGGAUCAAGUCUUAUAUUCAAAAGCGGGAUGUUGAAAUUUCUACUAUAUUAGGCAAUGCCUUGAUAGACAUGCUUGCAAAAUGUGGUGAUCUUGAAAGUGCAAUGUCAAUGUUCAAUCAGAUGAGAAAGAAGUGCAUUAUCACAUGGACAUCAAUGGUUGCAGGCUUAGCCUUUAAUGGGCAGUGUAAAGAAGCUUUAGCUCUCUUCGAUGAGAUGUGUAUGGAAAGAAUACAACCAGAUGAUGUCAUCUUCAUUGCUGUUCUCUCCGCUUGUACUCAUGGAGGACUGGUUGAAGAAGGAAAACGGGUUUUUAGUCAAAUGGUGAAACAGUUUAACAUUGUUCCUCGAAUUGAGCAUUAUGGAUGCAUGAUCGAUCUUCUUAGUCGAGUGGGGAAAUUAGAGGAAGCAUACAUGUUAAUAAAGAGUAUGUCAAUGAGGCCAAAUGCGGUUAUUUGGGCUACAUUACUUGGUUUUUGUAAGUUGUAUGGACAAAGAGAGAUGUUAGAGGUUAUGAAAAAGUAGAUCCUCGAACUGGAGCCUUCCAAUCCUGAUUAUUUGAUGCUGAUUUCAAAUUUAAAUGCAUCGAUCGGCCAGUGGGAGGAUGUUUUAAGUGUUAGAGCAGCAAUGAAGAAGGAAGGUAUUGAGAAAGUUCCCGGUAGUAGCUCAAUUCAAGUGGAAAAUAAAGUUCAUGAGUUUCUGGUUAAGGACACCAAACAUGAAAACAGGAUGGAGAUCUUUGAAACUUUAGAUUCUCUCUAUGAUCAGUUAAAAACAAUUGGAAUUAUGGAAAAGAGAGACUAUGUGCAUCUUGGUAUGCCAAAAUUUGCAGGGUUCAUAUGAGGAUUUCUGGAGCAUAUAGAUGGUAUUAAAAGUUGUUGUUCAGCUGCUUCAUACCGUAGAGGCGAAGAAAUUUGUCACGAAAAAAACAGCAUAUGGGGUAAAAUUGGUUAGGGAAAAAUUUCUGUGAAAUUUUCCUCAGAAACAUCAGUCACGAAUGCUAAUCAAGGGGGCUCCAUGGUUUAGAAGACAAGUUUACUGAAGACGUGGGAACUUCAAGGUAGACCUAAAAGAACUGCCAGUCUGCCACACAGCUGACCGAGGAUGUUGAGACGUUGGCCCGAAAACUACAUACUUCUAGUGAAGGCCUUCAGCUCUUUCUUUCGCCGUAACCAGUGGGCACUUUUCUACGUCAAACAAUGUCCUUGAUUCUUGAAUGGCCCAUGACAGAUGUCUGCUCAUCAUCUUCGACGUUUCCAACAAGAUGCUCUGCCAAGGAGUGAAACUUUGUAAUCACGCCUUUAAUAUGUGUCAAAAUGAGACUCAACUGUGUAUGGUUUAUUUGCGGAUGUGAUCCAAAGCACCGGGAGUAAUAGUCAGAAUCAAUUACUACAUGGGCACAGUUUGAAGCAUGUCAACUAAAUGAGACUCACCGGAAUUCCAUGGUUCACCAAUCGAAAGAAACCCCAUGUCCCCGCUGCACGUCGAACUUCAUCAAUAACUUCCUCGCAUCGCCGAUGUUCAUUUUGAUCCACGCUUUUCAUAUCAAUCACAGGAAUCUCAAAAUUGCUGCUUUCCUGUUCAGUAUGAUUUAACUCUUCAGCGAGCUCAUCCAGUGGUCGUACGAACAUGCGAGGGAUCUUUACAAUUCCAGCAUCAACUAUUCCUUUCACACCAGCUUUUGAUUCUUCAAAGGCCUUCAGUUCUUUGAGACGAUCAUAGGAAGGCUGCUGUUCUCCAGCUCUAGUAAUCUCCAUAGCCUGAUGGCCGAUUCUUGUCCUCCGGAUCAAGCCAUCCGUAUCAACCAACAAGAUCAGUUCUCUGGGAGUGAUUGAUAAGAAAGGGGAAAGGCUUCUGACUUAAAUAUCUGAUUGCACACAGAAAAAGUCUACUGAAGAGUGCUAACCAAGAGUGCUCCAUGGUUUAGUAGACAAGUUUACUUAAGACGUGGAAACUUCAAGGUAGACCUAAAAGAAGAAAAAGUCUGCCACACAGCUGAGCUGACCGAGGUUGUUGACAUGCUGGCCCGUACACUACAUACUUCUAAUGAAGGCCUUCAGCUCUUUCUUUCAGUCAUAACUAGCAGGGACUUCUUUACAUCAAACAAUGUCUAUGUUUGAUGAUUCUAGAAUGGUCCAUAUCAGAUGUUAACUCAUCAACUUCAACGUCUUCCUGGAGAUGCUCUGCUAUGGAGUGAAAUUUGGUAAUCCUGCCUUUUAAGUGUUGAUGAUUUGUUUGAGGAUGUGAUCCAAAGCACAAGGAGUAAUUAUCAAAAUAAAUUGCUACAUGGACACACUUUGAAGGUAAAGGAAUUCCAUGGUUCACCAAUCGGAAGAAACCCCAUGUCCCCGAUGCACGUCGAACUUCAUCAAUAAUUUCCUUUCGUCUGCUAUGGUCAUCCUGAUCCAGGCUUUCCAUAUCAAUCACAGG